UCCUCCCAGUCCUCUUCGCCAACUCGUUUCGUAACAAAGAGCCUUAUCUGGUGGCAAACUGCACUGACCGUACAGAUUACAGCUGAACUAAGUGAAUCACACCCUAUACUAGCAUGUCGUUACUACAGUCACUUGCUCAAUGUAGUACAAACGCCACAAAGGGCAUGAGUUGAUAUCUCGUUUCCUGUCCAGAAUGAUACGAUUGGCCUGGAAAAUUUCCGUUCUCUAUGCUGCGUUUCUGGUUCCGUUUGUGGCCGCCGAUGAUCUACCCCCCUACAACUGCGACGCAGUGUUCAAGUUCGAAGGUCAGUUCGAGAAGAUCGUCGCGCUGAUCCCGUACCACGUCUACCCGAUCUACACGCUCUGCACCAAUGUCCAGUUCGCGAAGGAGUACCAGGCGGCGAUGGCGCUGUACGAGCAGGCCGCCAGCGAUCCCGUGUGCGCUCGGAUGAACUUUAAGCGCAGCCAGGUUAACCUGAUCGACAUGAUGCACGACCAGCUGGUGUCGCUGUGGAGUACCGCAAACUGCCAGGACUGUCUGGAUCGGGCGAAUGAGACGCGGGAGUUUUUGGCGCACUUUGACGAGCUGGACAAGUGUCUGACGAAGCACCUGCUUUCGCCGUGUGAUCCGUGCGCGGAGAGUUACGGCUCGAUCCAGGGUCAGUACGAGGAGUUGGUUAGGGGGCAUAAAGAUACGAUUUGUGUCGAUGUUGAGGAUCGGAUGAACCAGACGCGGCACAGGUGGAGUGCGGAGUUCAACUGCUGCCGGAACAGGCAGCACUCGACGACGACGUUCGUCGUGAUUGCUUCGGUGUUUUGUAGCCUUCCGGUGGUUUUCUACGUGGUGAUGUACGGGGUAAUGCGGGCGAAGGAGGCUAGGGAGAGGAGCAGGGAGCCGUUGUUGGAUGAUUCCAGUCGAGAUGUGCCAGCUGGUUCUGGUUCGGGAAGCGGUGCUGAAUUGGUUGCGGGUAGUUGAUGGGCUAGGAUCGAGAAUAAAUGGCAAUUCUCGAAAUUUAGAGUUCUAAACUGUAUUAAACCAAAAAGUCAUCCAAAAUAAAGAUACCCGCACUGAUUUUCUUUUUUAAA